AUGACUACCGCCGCAGAUGACAAGAACGAGAAGAUGGAGGCGCAGAUUAAGUCUGUCGACAUGACCGAGGAUAUGCAGCAGGAGGCCAUUGCCCUUGCCAUCGAGGCCAUGGAGAAAUACCAUGUGGAAAAGGACAUCGCCCAAUACAUCAAGAAAGAGUUUGAUUCUCGCAAGGGCGCUACCUGGCACUGCGUUGUUGGACGCAACUUUGGGAGCUUCGUGACACACGAAACGAAGCACUUCAUCUACUUCUACCUCGGCCACUGCGCCAUCCUCCUUUUCAAGACCCAGUGA